AUGUCACCGGCGUUGGUCAUCCCAGACAACUUCCAGCAUAUCCUUCGUAUUAUGAAUACCAACAUCGAUGGCAAGCGGAAGGUGAUGUUUGCCCUCACUGCCAUCAAGGGUGUUGGCAGGAGGUAUUCCAACGUUGUGUGCAAGAAGGCUGAUAUUGACUUGUCAAAGAGGGCUGGUGAACUGACUGAAGAAGAGGUUGAGAAACUGCUGACCAUCAUUUCAAAUCCUCGUCAGUACAAGAUCCCUGAUUGGUUUCUCAAUCGUCAGAAGGACAUCAAGGAUGGAAAAUACUCCCAGGUUCUGUCAAACGUCUUGGAGACCAAACUGCGUGAAGACUUAGAGAGGCUGAAGAAGAUCCGUGCUCAUAGAGGUCUGCGACACUAUUGGGGCCUUCGAGUGAGGGGACAACAUACUAAAACCACUGGAAGGCGAGGCAAGACUGUGGGAGUAUCUAAGAAGAAGGGUUAAACUUAAGAUUAUGUUCUGAUUCCUCUUCAAUAAAGCACACAUGGAGUUGUGGGACUAUGUUUUAAAUGUCUUUCCUGGAUAGUGAACAGUCAUUGAAGCUUAAUGAAC